AUGGGUCACAGCGUAACCAUCUCAACUACGAUACACAUCGCUAGCGAUUUUGCCAACAAAUAUCUUAUCAUCAAUGAAGCUGGACAAGGUAACUGCGGGAAAGUGCUUUUUUGCGUUUCCGCUUCAUCUGCCUCAAAUGAGCCAAAAGACUCAAGGCAAAGCACAGCUGUUGUCGCUGUCAAGACGGCGCAAAUUGGAUCAUUGGGUCUCGGCCUUGCCCAGGAGAUUCUGGCUCUCCAACGUAUCCAGAGCCUCCUCACUGGUAGUCAGGUAGAGCAACAACUGCCGGCUCUGAUCAACUAUAAUCUAUCAGCAGCAGAACCGAGAUCACACUGGCUCGCCAUAAAUGCUAUCCAAGGCUUCAACCUCGUCCAACUAAUCAAAGCACUCAUCCUCUCGGCUCCAGUUUGCAGUCCAAAAAACUCCCUCCCACAUAAUACCACAUCUACCCCAACACUCCCCGCAACCCUCAUACUACACAUCACGCAGCAACUCGUUCAAACCGUCGCAUGGCUCCACACCACCGCCAACAUCGCCCACGGCGACAUUUUUAGCGGAAACAUUAUGCUCGACAUCUUCCGCUGUAGCUUCUCUACCAACCCCGUCAUUCUACCCUCCCUCGUCCUCAUCGAUUUCGACGGCGCAACCCUCGCCCCCAACGACAUACUACGCGCAGCAGAUCGUUCAUCCGUGUAUGAAUUCCUCUUCUCACUGGGCGAGUUGAUGCAGGUGCUUAUUGAGAAUAGGUUAGAUUGGGGUGUGCGUGCUAGUACAAUGGGGUUUAAGGAGUUUUGCGCCAAGUUUGAGGGGGAGAUGGUGAGGCGGGUGGAGAGUGGGGUAGAUGUAGAUGUGGAGAAGGCAAGGGAGUUGGUUGAGCGGGUUGUGGCGAUGAGUGAGGUUGAGUUUCCGGGGGAGGAAGUGGUUAAGGAGGUUUUGGAGCGGGGUAGGGGUUUGAAAUAG